AUGCCAGAUAACCAGAUUUCUAACAUCUCAGAUCAGACGGUGGCCCCAGGCAGGAAGCCAGCCCCUCGGAGACCCCCCAGGAGUCAUGGGCCAGCCACAGGAAAGAAGAAGCCUGGACAGGUGACCAUCUGCAGCUUCCAGAAUAGAAUAAUCAUUUUCACCUGUUUCUUAUUCAUCCUUGCUGUGACAGCUUGGGUCCUGAUGUGGCUCUUCAUCCAUCGUACUGAAAGUACCAAUGUCCUCUACUUCGUUGGGCUCUUCCGGAUCGCCAACCUGGAGUUUCUCCCUGAACACCGGCACAAGGAGUCCCAGGAGUUCCUCCUGCUGGCCCAGAACGUGCAGCAGGUGAUGAACAUGGUAUACUCCACCUCCGUGUUCUCCAAGUUUUAUAAACAGUCUGUCGUCUCUGAUGUCAGCUGUAAUAACCACGGUGGCCUUCUCGUCCACUUUUGGAUUGUGUUUGUGGCACCGGCAGCCAAAGGCCAGAUCUUCUGUGAAGCAUGUGUGGCGGCCAUUUUGAAAGACUCCAUCCAGACUAGUGUCAUCAACCGGACUUCUAUCGGGAGCCUGAAGGGCUUGGCUGUUGACAUGGAUUCUGUGGUGGUGAAUGCUGGUCUCCGGGCUGAUUACUCUUCAAGCGUGGGGACAGACAGAAACUGUGUCUAUGACCUGUAUGCAGACCGUCCCCUCCUGCGGCUGCCCCUGGAGGUUAUGGUCCCCUCCGGAAGAUGCCUCUGCCAUUUCAAAGUGACUGCCACCACAGGGCACCUGGUUCGCCUCUCUCUGGAGUCCACCCAGAUGGAAGCUGACAACUGCAUCACCAACUCGUUGACCAUCUACGAUGCCCUUGUGCCAAUCAAGAGUUUGAUCUUAUACCGGAUCUGUGAACCCAUCAGAAAGCUGAUGUCAUUCAUUUCCACAAACAACCUCAUGCUAGUCACUUUCCAGUCAUCAUUUAUUCGGUGGCCACUGGUAAUCCAGGGAUAUUUUGAGGUUAUUCCAGAAGAAAAGUGUGGAAACACCAUUACAGCAAAAGAGAGUGGCGGUUUUCAGGGAACUAUAUCCAGCCCCUAUUUCCCCAGCUUCUAUCCACCAAAGUGCAACUGCACUUGGGAUUUUCAGACUCCCCAUGCCACACUAGGGCUGGCGCUGAAAUUCUAUAACUACAAAAUCAUCAAGAAGACUGUGAAGGGCUGUGACCAUGGCUGGUGGGAAAUUAACGAGCACAUGUACUGCGGUUACUACAUUGACCACUGGACAGUGUUCCGGGUCCCCCACUCUGCUGUCCACAUCCAGCUCCAGUGCAGUGCCCAGUUUUCCGAGGCUCCAUUCCUGAUGGAGUUUGACAGCUAUAACAUCAGCCAGCCGUGCCCAGCUGGACAGUUCCAGUGCUUCUCCGGCCUGUGUGUCCUGCAGACCCAGCGGUGUGAUGGAGUGAAUGACUGCUUUGAUGAAAGCGAUGAGCUUUUCUGCAGGACAGUGAAGCCUGACUGUCACAGCAAUUCCUUCUGGCAGGAAAGCCCCCUUGUCUGUGAUGGCUUCAGGGACUGCGACGGAGGCUGGGAUGAGCAGAACUGCACCCAACAGGUUCCUUGUGGCAAUGACACUUUCCAGUGUCACAACAACGUUUGCUUCAGGAAGAGAAAUGCCAAGUGUGAUGGAACCAUGGACUGUCUGGAUAGAAGUGAUGAAGAAGGCUGUGGUUGUGGCGGGAGCCCUGUGGUCCCCUGGCCACGCAUCGUGGGUGGCACAGUGGCCCCACAGGGGCAGUGGCCCUGGCAGGCCAGUCUCCAUUUUGUUGGGUCAGCAUCCUGCGGCGCAUCGGUCAUCACCCAGGACUGGCUUCUCUCUGCUGCACACUGCUUCCAGGGAGACAGGUUACUGGACCCCCGGCCCUGGUUAGCCCACCUGGGGAUGUACACACAGGGAGAGGCCAAGUUCACCUCCCCGGUGCGAAGGAUCGUGGUCCACGAAUUCUACAACAGUAGGACAUUUGACUACGAUAUCGCUCUUCUCCAGCUGAGUUCCACCUGGCCGGAGGCCCUAGCCCAACAGAUCCAGCCCAUCUGCAUCCCUCCCCUGGGCCAGAGAGUGCACGGUGGAGAGCGGUGCUGGGUAACAGGCUGGGGCCAAAGGCACGAAGCAGACAGCAAGGGCUCCCUGACUCUGCAUCAGGCCGAAGUGGAAGUUGUGGACCAGACUCUCUGUGUGUCUACCUAUGGGCUCAUCACAGUGCGCAUGUUGUGUGCGGGAGCCCGGGCCGGGGAAAGUGACGCCUGCAAGGGAGACUCUGGAGGACCCCUGUCUUGUCGAAGAAAAAGUGAUGGAAAAUGGAUUUUAACCGGCAUCGUUAGCUGGGGCUAUGGCUGUGGAAGACCAAACUUUCCUGGGGUUUACACAAGAGUGUCAAAUUUCAUUCCUUGGAUUCACAGAUACAUCCCUACUGUUUGA